GGAGCGGUGCGUGCCGACCCACACCGUCAGUCUACCGUGGACCGUGCGCGCGUGACCUCCUACCGCAUCUCUCUCUUCCCUUCACACACCACUCGGCCGCCACCCCAAGCCACCAUGCUCAUGCCCGCCGCCAUACCCUCGGGCCUCACCACGCCUACCAUGCACCAGGCAAUAGAAGCGCCGGGCAUCAGCCAGAAGGACACCACCUUCACCAAGAUAUUCGUGGGGGGUCUGCCUUACCACACCACGGACAAGUCACUCCGGGAGCACUUCGAGGUCUACGGCGAGAUCGAGGAGGCCGUCGUCAUCACUGACAGACAGACGGGCAAGAGCCGGGGCUAUGGUUUUGUGACGAUGGCGGACAAAACCGGGGCAGAGCGGGCCAUUAAGGAGCCCAACCCGGUGAUCGACGGACGUAAGGCCAAUGUCAACUUGGCGUACCUGGGUGCCAAGCCUCGAGGGCCCACCGCAGGUGAGGACGCUCUAUACGGGAUCCCACUGACAGGAGUCCGGUACCCGACCAUGCUCCCAGGCCAGUAUGGGCCUCUGAUGCGUCACUCGUGGCGAGCUCGGCAGCGCAGCAGUGACGGGGGGCGGGCCGCCGGGGGCGGACCUCACCUCUGGAGGUUGGGAGUCCAAGCCGGAGCUGCAUUCUCCAAGGCUGGUCUUGUACUUCAUCCAAAUUACAUAUACCACCCGUCCUACCUGCCCACUGCUGCCGGCCUCCUGCCCAUGACACACUCUCCCAUCAACCACGCUGCUGCUGCGCUCACAUCUGCAGGCCAACAGGCAUAUUUUGAUUAUGCUACUGCUGCAGCUGCAUACCCAGGAACCUACCAGGCAGCAGCUGCGACCAGCAUGGAGCCAUACGCCGCAGCUGUAUCUGCAGUAACCCACUUGGGGGUGAGCCACAUGAACACUCACAUUUGCAAUGAGGAAUCAGUUGUCUUGAUGCCUGAUCUACUUAAAGCCUCAGCCAUGUCUCAGUAUGCAGCAGCCAUGCCUGGUUAUUCCUGGUCGCUACCACCAGCAGCCUCUGCUGCCGCUGCUGGAACCAUCCCUCUAUCACAUUAUCAGCCCGCCCAGCCCCAACUACAAGAGGCUCGAAUGCAGUAGAGUUCCCUACAGUUGCGCCAAGAUGAGAAGUAUCCAGGGAUUUACUAGUGCUGGAAUUAACCAGCAUGAUCCUCAGUGGGUGCCAGGUCAACCAUUAUUGCCUGAUCAUUCACAAUCAUCCUAAUAUCAUCCCAUCCUGGAGUUACACUUCUAAUGAAUGUUCUAAUAGGGUUGGAGCCUCUUUCCUCCAUGGUCUUCUACCCUAAAGAAACAUACACCAGGCAGUUGGGCUCCACCACAGGCCACUGCCACCCUGGUUGUGAACACUUAAUGACCCGCUCACACCCACAUCAGUCAUGCAUUGGCCAGCCAGGGUGGGUGUGGGCGUGGAUUGAGCUACAAGCACAAUGCUGACGAUGCUCACAUUUCUGUAAAUUGGUGUUCAUGACAUAUCUAGGGAUCAUUGUCAUGAUCUCGCCUUUGUAAACACAAUAUUUGAAUGAAAAUGUUUAAAUGAAUGCUGUUGUACAAGAUAGUUGAAAGUGAAGUUCAUAUAGCUAUGUAAGAUUGAAUACAGUUACAGUGCUUUAAAGAUUUUUGUUUAAAUCUUGUAGUAAUGCUAAGUUCUUUUCAUCAAUCUCCAAUUUUUUGUUAGGGAAUAUAGCCUGCAAAAUAUAAUUUAGAGGCCAAGUAUUCUGUGAUGACUCGCCUAAGGCAGCCAUAGCCCAUUUCCAUCCAUGAUAAUCUGCCAAUUGUUCCUCAUAUCAGGUCUGUACUGUAGUUGCAUUCUCCAUUUCUUUGACUAAAGCUAAAAUAUUUUAUUGUUUCUUAUGCUGUCCCUCAGUUGCAUAUUAUUGAUAUUAUGAAGUAAGUAGUUUUUUUUUAUUUUCUAUGACAUCAGAUUCCAUACCUGAUGUGCUGUAAUUUUUCCCUGAAACUACAGUAGUGACAACUUCUAAUAAUAUUUUCCUCAUUAUUUUCUUAUUAGAAUAUUUCUUAAUAUUAAUUAUUUAUAAUUUUUACUCAUUUAACUAACCUUGUUUACUUGCUUUGAUGCCAUAUAAUGUUAACUAUAGAAGUAAAUAUUAUAAUUUUUGACGUUCCUCAAUGAAAUGUGGGUGUCAUCAUGUAUGCAAUUUCUCAGAGAGCAUAUAAAUGCAAAUACAUAUAUCGUUGAUAGUGAGGAUUUCCACAUUACACUUAGCGCGUCAUAGGUUUUAAGAUAUUUAGGUGAGCCAGUUAGGAUGUUAAUUGAUAGGCAAUAAUAUUAUUAAUAUGUUACAGUGGGAAGAACUUCUUCACUGUCUAAGUAUUAGUUGGUUUCAUCAAAAACCUUUUCAGGAUUAAGUUUAUAAAAUAUAUACUGUAUAUAUAUAUAUUUGUGUGUGUGGUUUCUUGACAUUUCAUUUUAUCUGAGAUGUAUAGAAGACACGUCAAGCAACAUUCUGCAACAUCUAGUCAGAAUCUCUGCAUUAAUAUCAUGUCUGUGCCAUAUAUUGCUCACAAUGUGUGGCCUAAGACGACACAUGUUAGCUAAAUUCUUAACUGACAAAUACCUUCCAAGAAAUGUGAAAUUGCCAAUGUCAUCCAUCUUAAAUCUAACCUUUGACUUAUUGCUUCAAAAUUUACUCUUUGAAAUAGUAUUUAAACACUACAUUCUACAAUUAGAUAUUGCACAAAUGUUAUUUUAAUAUAGUGUUUAGUUUAUAAUAAUCAGCAAUAUGUUAAAUAUAUAGUACUGAGUAAAGCAUUAUUUAAAAUAUACAAAUUACCAUGAAGAAUACCACAUGCAGUGACUUUAUUUAUUAAACGAUAUUUAAUUCUUUAUCUAGAAUGAAUGUGUGUUGUAACCUUUCUUAGCUAAGAAGCUGUCAAGAUUUCUAUAAUUUUGUCAUGAAACACAGCAUUUGUAAAAUAUACAAAAUGCUUUGUUGCAUAGUUAUAAGGUUAAAAUAUCAGAAGCAUUAAAUACAUGUGGACGGACUUGUGUGUGUUAAGCACAUUCUUACUUUGUGAAAAGUCAUGGGAGUAUUAAUCUAUAAAGGUAGCCAAAAUUGCCAUAUUACACAUUUUUAAUGAGAUUAGAACAUUCAAAAGGUAUUACAGUAUAUGUAACUCAAAAUAUUGGUGAAUUAUUACUGUAAAAUAAUUUAAGAUAAAUUGAAAAACAAUUCAAAUAAUGGUACAUUACAUUAUUCAGCAAGAGGUUGAUGGUGUCCAUCACCGUCACUGGCUACCUAAUAGUUCAUCUAGUCAGAAACAUCACAUGUAUCUGUAAUGCACGGUCCAUGUUGCCUUAUGAGUGCCUUUAAUGGAGACUUGUUAUUGCAGCUUCUAAGCCAGUAUAUGGUAAUAAGAUGAUUUUCCAGUUAUGUGAAGAAAAGAAUCUUGUAAUAUUUACUGGCAACUUGUGAGGGCAUUAUGUAAUAAUCUUUUGUACAGUAAAACUGUGAGAUUUCAGUCAUCUGCAGGUAAUGUAAUGCGUAAUGAUGGAAGAAAAUGAGCUGUUUGUGUACCAGACAGAAAUCAUGAUAUAUUAAGUUAAGAAAUAUCUAGCGGUUUGUGAAUUAUUGAUGCCUAAUGUUGAAAUAAAUGUAUUGGAUACGAAUGGACUUGUAGGUGUAAUGUUCUUUAUGCAUACCAAGAUGUACUUUUUUGCUCCAGAAAUUAAAAUGUUACUUUUUUGGAAACACAAAUGUAAAAGUGUAUAAUAUGCCUAUACCUAUAAUAUGCCUCUACAGGUAAUUGUACUGAGCAUAGAUUAAAGUAUAUCCAGUAACACUAAUUUAAAGAAAACUUCAUUAAAUUUUUCUGAAGCUAAUAAUUAAAAACAAUUAUAGCAUGCACAAAAAAAAAAGAAAAAUAACUGAACCACAAAAUAUUCAAAGAAUUACUGAUUGAUAUUUACCUCUUUACAUACUU